CGUGGCGUCGGUGAGAGGAUCCAUCCCAGGGCCCGAUUUACAUAGGCGGGGGGAGCCUGAAUGGGGCAGGCAGAUUCUCAGUAUCUGGCAUGCAAACCAGCUUGGGGGGGGGGCAUCAGCCUGCACAGUCUCAUGCAUCAUCCUGCACAGGUGUGUCCACCCCCACAUGCCCAGCCCACCCAGCCCUAGAGGCGGGACAAGCCAGGGAAAUGAGUGCUGUGAUUUCUUUUCUUUACCUGUGGGGGUGCGGGUCUGGGAGCAGUGAUAGGUGCGUAUGAAGCUGUCGGGGGGAGGGGGGAGGGGGGCAUUGGCCGACACCCACCGCGCAUAAACGGAGACGGACAGGACCCCAGGACAGUGGUGGUAGACGGGCGACGAGGACAAGGACAGAGAGAUGCCACGCUCCUUUCUGGUGAAGAAGAAACGGGGCAUCUGCGGGGGAUGGAGAUGGAGGGAUGAGGAAGAAGAGCAGUCACCCGCGAACGAGUGCCAGACAGCAACAGGAACGACCCCGCUGCCCCAACACCAAUCGUCUUCGCCUGGCUCCGAUGCAGAGCCCGCCACGCUGCCUAAGCCCUCCGUCCCCAGCCUGCCAGUGGAGAUAGCCCAAGCCUGGCCCCCAUGUCUGUCCCAGCACCCCCUGCUGCCUACCCAGGGGCAGUAUUACCCCCAUGCCGUGCUGUCAAUGGCCCCCCGUGCCAAGCCUCGCUUGGCCACUAGUUCCGGGGACUUCUUGUGUGCCGUCUGUCACAAGGUAUUCCCGCUGCAGCGCAUGCUGACCCGUCACCUGAAGUGCCACAGCCUGGUGAAAAGGCACCUGUGCAGGUUUUGCGGCAAGGGCUUCAACGACACCUUCGACCUGAAGAGGCACAUGCGCACGCACACGGGCAUCCGGCCGUACCGCUGCGAGCUGUGUGAAAAGGCCUUCACGCAGCGCUGCUCGCUGGAGUCCCACCUACGCAAGAUCCACGGCGUGGCCCAGCAGUACGCGUACCGCCAGCGCCGCUCCAAAAUAUUCGUGUGCGAAGACUGCGGCUUCACCUCCUCGCGUCCUGAUGACUAUUUCCAGCACGUACGGCAGCGGCACCCGGGAAGUCCCGCCCUCCGACGGUACUACCGCAAGCACACGCACGAGCAAGGUGCCCCCAAUACCACGGACCACAAGAUCACCCCCUUAGUGCUCUACCCGCACACCAGGUACUUCAUCUGAGGGGGGGGGGGGGGGUUUGGCUGGCCCCUGCCUGCUCAUCCCCUCCUUCAUACCCAUUCCUCCAUAAGGGGGACAUUAAAAAAAAUAUAUAUGUCCAUGGAAA